AACCCUUGCCAUCCUCGUUUUCUGUACUGUAGUUUAUAUAACCCAGUCAUUGUGAAAAAGAAAAUAACGCUUUUCCUAAAUCGCGGAACCAUUCACAUCCAAGCAAUCCGCAAAGGUUCAAGCCUGCGAGACGCAGCGUGCCUGGGGAGGGGAAGCGGGGUGGGGCUUGAGGUCACAUGACUAGCUAGGGCUGACCCGCCUCCUGCAGCUGAAGACUUCCCCUCUCUCAGUGACAGAGCCUCUGGGUCCGGUCUAGGUACAGAUUCUGCAUUGCGAGCCCGGGCAGGUGAGGUGCGACAGGUAAAUUUAGCACAAUGGAUUUCUCCAAGCUACCCAAAAUCCGUGAUGAAGACAAAGAAAGCACAUUUGGUUAUGUGCAUGGAGUCUCAGGGCCUGUGGUCACCGCCUGUGACAUGGCGGGCGCUGCCAUGUACGAGCUGGUGAGAGUGGGGCACAGCGAGCUGGUCGGAGAGAUUAUCCGACUGGAAGGUGACAUGGCCACCAUUCAGGUGUACGAGGAAACUUCUGGUGUCUCUGUUGGAGACCCUGUACUCCGCACUGGUAAACCUCUCUCGGUAGAACUUGGUCCUGGCAUUAUGGGAGCCAUUUUUGAUGGUAUUCAGAGACCUCUAUCGGAUAUCAGCAGUCAGACCCAAAGUAUCUACAUCCCCAGAGGAGUAAAUGUGUCUGCUCUUAGCAGAGAUAUCAAAUGGGAGUUUAUACCCAGCAAAAACCUACGGGUUGGUAGUCAUAUCACUGGUGGAGAUAUUUAUGGGAUUGUCAAUGAGAACUCGCUCAUCAAACACAAAAUCAUGCUACCCCCACGCAGCCGAGGAAGUGUGACUUACAUCGCACCGCCUGGGAACUACGAUGCCUCUGAUGUCGUCCUGGAGCUUGAAUUUGAAGGUGUGAAGGAGAAGUUGAGCAUGGUCCAAGUGUGGCCUGUGCGUCAGGUGCGGCCUGUCACUGAAAAGCUGCCAGCCAACCACCCCUUGCUUACUGGCCAGAGAGUGCUCGAUGCCCUUUUCCCGUGUGUUCAGGGAGGAACUACUGCUAUUCCAGGUGCUUUUGGCUGUGGGAAGACUGUGAUUUCCCAGUCUCUAUCCAAGUACUCCAACAGCGAUGUGAUUAUCUAUGUCGGCUGCGGUGAAAGAGGGAAUGAGAUGUCAGAAGUUCUCCGGGACUUCCCUGAGCUCACUAUGGAAGUUGAUGGUAAAGUAGAGUCCAUCAUGAAGAGGACAGCGCUGGUAGCCAAUACCUCCAAUAUGCCUGUGGCUGCAAGAGAGGCCUCCAUUUACACUGGAAUUACACUAUCAGAAUACUUCCGUGACAUGGGGUACCACGUCAGUAUGAUGGCUGACUCUACCUCUAGAUGGGCUGAGGCCCUCAGAGAAAUCUCUGGUCGCUUAGCUGAAAUGCCUGCAGAUAGUGGAUACCCUGCAUACCUUGGUGCCCGACUGGCUUCUUUCUAUGAGCGAGCAGGCAGAGUGAAAUGUCUUGGAAACCCUGAGAGAGAAGGGAGUGUCAGCAUUGUAGGAGCAGUUUCUCCACCUGGUGGUGAUUUUUCUGAUCCAGUCACAUCUGCUACUCUGGGUAUUGUUCAGGUGUUCUGGGGCUUGGAUAAGAAGCUAGCUCAGCGCAAGCACUUCCCGUCCGUCAACUGGCUCAUUAGCUACAGCAAGUACAUGCGCGCCCUGGACGAGUACUAUGACAAACACUUCACAGAGUUCGUGCCUCUGAGGACCAAAGCUAAGGAGAUUCUGCAGGAAGAGGAGGAUCUGGCGGAAAUCGUGCAGCUCGUGGGAAAGGCGUCUUUAGCAGAGACAGAUAAAAUCACCCUGGAGGUAGCAAAACUUAUCAAAGAUGACUUCCUACAACAAAAUGGGUACACUCCUUAUGACAGGUUCUGUCCAUUCUAUAAGACGGUGGGGAUGCUGUCCAACAUGAUUUCAUUCUAUGAUAUGGCCCGCCGGGCUGUGGAGACCACCGCCCAGAGUGACAAUAAGAUCACAUGGUCCAUUAUCCGUGAGCACAUGGGGGAGAUUCUCUAUAAACUUUCCUCCAUGAAAUUCAAGGAUCCAGUGAAGGAUGGCGAGGCAAAGAUCAAGGCCGACUACGCACAGCUUCUUGAAGAUAUGCAGAACGCAUUCCGUAGCCUGGAAGAUUAGAACUGUGACUUCUCUCCUCCUCUUCCGCAGCUCAUAUGUGUAUAUUUUCCUGAAUUUCUCAUCUCCAACCCUUUGCUUCCAUAUUGUGCAGCUUUGAGACUAGUGCCUCGUGCGUUCUCGUUCAUUUUGCUGUUUCUUUGGUAGGUCUUAUAAAACACACAUUCCUGUGCUCCGCUGUCUGAAGGAGCUCCUGACCUUUGUCUGAAGUGGUGAAUGUAGUGCAUAUGAUACACAGUGUAACAUACACAUUGUAACAUAUACGUUCUGUAAACUUGUAUGUAAGGUGACUACCCCUUCCCUCCUCUCCAGUAAACUGUAAACAGGACUACUGCAUGUGCUCUAUUGGGGAUGGAAGGCCAGAUCUCCAUACCGUGGACAGGUACAUAAGGAAACUAGACCACUUGCAACUUAGUGUUUGUUGAGUAACCAUUUUGCAGGAAGUAUUUCCAUUUAAAAAACAAAAGAUUAAUGUUCCAAUUAUUUGUAGCUUCCCCAGUAUCAAUCAGGACUGUUUGUGGCGCACUUGGGAACUAUUUUGUUUUCCUAACAGACGUUUGCAAGGCUGAACGUAAUAGAUAAAUCAGUUCCCUCUGAAAGUGUGAAAGUAAAAAGAGAGCUAGGUGGUCAGACUUAAAUUGACAUCGUCUUGUUUAAGCAUAUUUUAUUUCACUGAGAGAUUUAAUAUCAAGGACUUUUAUAUACUCAAUUACUAGGAAAUCUUUUUUUAAGUACAAUUUAAAAAUCAUUGAAAAUGUGAUCCACAUCAUAGCCAUUUUCCUUAUAUUUAGUCAGAUGAGCUCAGAGUGGGGAGGGUGUGGGUUAGAAUACCACAAGGACACGCAGCAGUGCCUGCAGGCAGUGUGGCCGGGGGCCAGAGCGGCAUUGUUUUCACGAGGUACGUGUGUGGCGUGUGUGUUUGCUUGUUGACACUCUGAAAACAGCAAGCUUACCAGUUCCAGGAAAUAUUUUGUUUUCUUUCACUGGCUCAGAAAGCUCCUCAAAGUACCUGGUCCCUGAAGCUUCCUAUCUGUUAAUAGAGACGAGAGAGGUUCUUAAAUUUAACUGGUGACAAAACAAAAAGAAAAAAAAGAUCGAUUUUUGUCUUGCUGUUUUGGUGUGUUUAAAUAAUAAUUCCAUAUUUGCAUAACGAGGCUCGCUUCUGAGAGCUUGGAGAUCGUGCUCCCUCUUCACUCUCCGGGGUGAUAAUGCUGGCGCCAUGCUACCUCUUCAGGAGGGGAAGGGGAUUGAACAUGGCUAACACUCUCAAGUACACAAGCGUAACGACAAAGUAUUUAUUUUAAGCCUUGGUAUGUUGUUUAAAUUAUUAGGUGGUGCAUUUCUUAUGGUCUUUUGGGUAGACAUAGUAUACACUUCAGAUGUAAUGUGUAAAUCCUUGCUAGUGCAUGUCUACACGAUAGACUGCUAUUCAAGAAGGAUAUUCUUCCACAUAACAAUUUAAAAACUAUUAAAUCAGAUAUGGAUUAUGCAAUGACUUGUUGAGAGGUGGAUUAACGGUGCUGCUUAAUCAGUUUGCUUCCAAUAUGGCUUCGUAUCCAGAAGCCCUGACUAGUGGAGAUGAGAAAGAUUUCAAAACCUGUCUGCCUACACCUACCAGCAACCUAGGCUUGUGAUCAGAAUGAAUGAUCCCAAGAAACUACUUGACCAAGUGUGUUUUGUUGUCCUGGAUUUGAGAUGUGCGUUCUUCCUCCCUCUGAGACUGUUGAUGUAUGAGUGUGAAGAAGUUACAGAAACAACGCUCAGAUUUUCACGGUAACUUUCCCUCUGCCCACACUGUAGAGUUUCAGAUUGUUCACUGAUAGUGCUUCUUUCGUAAGGAUGUGUUAAAAUAUAGCAGUCUUUUUAAAAGAUUAUGCAGUUCUCUAUUUAUUGUGCUGUGCCUGGUCCUAAGUGCAGCCGGUUAAACAAGUUUCAUAUGUAUUUUUCCAGUGUUAAAUCUCAUACCUAUGCCCUUUGGAAAGCUCCAUCCUGAACAAUGAAUAGAAGAGGCUAUAUAAAUUGCCUCCUUAUCCUUAAGAUUUCACUAUCUUUAUGUUAAGAGUAAUGUAUAAUUAUUAAAAUCUAUGAAAAAUAAAAAGUGGAUUUAAAUUAA